AUGUUUUCUAUAGUUGCCGUUCUUUUGUGGUCUUUAUUAGCAGCUGGACCUGCCUUUUCGCAGUUUCUCUCUCCUCCUACGAACUUGACAACUGCAUCUCGUCAUCCCGCAAUUUAUCAAGUACGCUACAAAGAUGUCCCGCCGGGCAUCUGCGAGCAAAGAGACGACAUCAGAAGCAUAAGCGGAUAUGUCGACGUGUCACCUGAGGAGCACAUGUUCUUCUGGUUCUUCGAGGCGAGGAAUGCAGAUCCGACUACGGCACCCUUGACCACAUGGAUCAAUGGCGGACCUGGAACCAGCUCGAUGGUAGGAUUGUUCCAAGAGAUUGGGCCUUGUGCAAUCGAUGCAAAUGGGAACGUUGUCAACAACCCUUACUCCUGGACAAAUGCCAGCAAUCUACUGUUCAUCGAUCAGCCCGUGCAGACUGGAUUCUCAUACUCAACAACGAUACCCGGGUAUAUCAAUCCGGAAGACGGAUCCGUCGUCCUUGCGCAAGAUGACAUCUGUCCUUCCGACGAAGUCACUAAAGGCACGUGCGGGACAUAUUCGAAUCCCAAUGACUUGAUUGGGCUUCCGGUCUCGACCUUCACGGCAGCCUCUGCGUUUUAUGCGACUUUGCAGGGAUUCAUAGGAGCUUUCCCACAGUAUGCGAGGGAGGGAUUCCAUUUCGCAACUGAGAGCUAUGGGGGCCACUACGGCCCUGUCUUUGCCGAGUAUAUUGAGGCCCAAAAUGCGAGACAAAUACCAAAUACGACGAAGAUCAGUCUUGAGUCGGUGACUAUUGUAAACGGAUGGAUCAAUCCCCUGAUACAGGUAUCUCCCGGAAACACGUAUGACUAUAUGCCAUACAACGACUCCGCCGCGUCGUCGCUAUACUCCACCGUCUACGGGUCUGGUGGCUGCGUUGACCAGUUGCAAAACUGUAAAGCUACCGGGACGAAUUCCGUUUGUGCGGCAGCCGACAAUUUCUGUCUGAACUACGUCGAGAACUUCUACGACGAGGUCACCGGCCGCGAUGAGGAUGAUAUCAGAGAACUCGAACCUGAUCCGUAUCCCCCAGAGUCCUACGUCCGCUAUUUGAACGACGCAACGGUGCAGGCAGCGAUAGGUGCCUAUGUAAAUUAUACGGAACAGUCGGUCGCAGUGGCGAAUGCGUUCAACACCACAGGCGAUGAUGGUAGAUUGGACGGCACUACAACAGAGGUUUUGACACUUGUGGAACAAGGCGUUGCUGUCACCAUGGUAUACGGAGAUGCGGACUACAACAGCAACUGGCUCGGCGGCGAAGCCGUCUACAACUCCAUCCCCGUCCCGGGCUCCUCGACCCCCGGCUACGUCGACAUCUCCACCUCCGACCUCGUCGUCCACGGCCAAGCAAAGCAAAGCGGCGCCUUCGCCUUCGCCCGCAUCUACGAAUCCGGUCACGAAGUGCCCUACUACCAGCCUCUGACGGCACUAGCCAUCUUCGAGCGAACCAUCUACCGUUACGACAUCGCCACCGGAGAGGACCUCGUCAACCGAGGCUUUGUCACCGUCGGGCCCGCGGAGAGUACGUUCCGUGAGGGCAAUACGACGGUGAAGUUCGCGCUGGAGGAGAGUGGUGGGGAGACGAUUGUUGAUGCUACGACUUAUGAGAAUGUGGUGGAUGGGGAGAGUGCCCCUUCGCGGCAAUUGCUCGCCGAGCUCGAGGCUGUUGCGAAGGGGAAGCAUGCGAUGGCGAAUGCUACGGCUUAUGGCAAUGUUCUGGAAGUGCUGAAGGAGACUGGGGAGGAGAAGGAUCCGAUCCAUGUGAAGAAGAGAGGGGGAAAGAUGCGAAGAGGCGGGUUGAUGCGAGAUGACGUGACGGGCGGUGAAAACGAUGGAUUCAGUCGGAGAGGGUUGCAUGAUUUGGGGACGUAG